AUCACUCUGCAGUUCCCCGCUGCCGCUGCUCCGAAGGAGGUGCUGAAACCAUAUAGAUCUCGCUCUGUUACCUCUACCACCGCCGACAUUUGCAGCCAUUUUACACAAGCCGAACGGAAUCAUGUCGUGAGGCAUCACAUCACCUGGGACGACCGGACCCAGCUACGUCUGGACCGCGACAAGUCGACAAGAUGGUGAAGCGGAAAAGCCUGGAUGAGACCGACACGGAGUGCGGCAAGGGUAUACCGUUCCCGAUCCAGACCUUCUUGUGGAGGCAGACCAGCGCGUUUCUGAGGCCGAAGUUGGGGAAACAAUAUGAGGCAUCUUGUGUGUCCUUUGAGCGGGUGCUGGUGGAAAACAAGCUCCACGGUCUCUCCCCGGUGCUGUCGGAGGCCAUCCAGAGCAUCUCUCGCUGGGAGCUGGUCCAGGCCGCCCUGCCCCACGUGCUCCACUGCACCGCCAUCCUGCUCUCUAACAGGAACAAGCUGGGUCACCAGGACAAGCUGGGCGUGGCGGAGACCAAGCUGCUCCAUACCCUUCACUGGAUGCUACUGGAGGCGGCCCAGGAGUGCAACCAGGAGCCCAGCCUGGGCCACGGAUGGUCGGGAGGCAGCAGCAGCUCAGCCUUCCUCCAGCCAAUGGGGAUUGGGAACCAGGGUUCCCCGCCAGCCAGAGGUGGCCAAGGUGGCCCAGGAUCAGGGACCGGUUCUGGGUCAGGAGCGCCACGUUGUAGCGGGUCCCUGGAGGAGGAUGAGCACGCCCGCACCAAGCUCUUCCACAAGAGCAUGGCCACUGUGGAGCUGUUUGUCUUCCUCUUUGCUCCCCUCAUUCACCGCAUCAAGGAGUCUGAUCUGACUUUCCGAUUGGCCAGUGGUCUCAUCAUAUGGCAGCCAAUGUGGGAGCACCGGCAACCUGACGUCCCCGCCUUCUCUGCCCUCAUCAAGCCUGUGAGGAACAUUGUGACAGCCAAGAGGAACUCCCCGGUGAACAACCAGUGUAGCCCCUGUGGGUCCAGAAACCAAGGCCCCAUGGGUUUCCAGGUGGUCUGUGAAACGGCCCAAUCAGAUUCAUCCUCCCCCGGGGCUGGAGAGCAGAGCUGUCGCCGCGGCAACUCAGUGGAAAGAGGUGGGCCGUCAACGCGACAGGCUCCACUCGACAAAGGGAUCGCCAAGAAGAAGACCUCUGCCCCAGCGGGCAUCUCUGUCUCCCUGGCCCAGCGUGCCCGCUACGCCACCUACUUUGACGUGGCAGUCCUGCGCUGCCUGCUGCAGCCCCACUGGACGGAGGAGGGGGUGCACUGGGCCCUCAUGUUCUACCUGCAGCGCCUGCGUCAGAUCCUGGAGGAGCGCCCGGAACGCCCGCCGGAGCCACUGGUCCCGCCCCUGCCCCGCCCUCGCAGCAGCUCCAUGGUGGCCACCGCCCCCUCUCUCGUCAACACCCACAAGACUCAGGACAUGAGUCUGAAAUGCAAUGAGGAGGAUAAGUCCCUCAGCUCAGAGACCUUCUCUAAGGUGUCCCUGACCAACCUGCGCAGACAGGCUGUACCCGACCUUUCCUCUGACCUGGGGAUGAACCUCUUUAAAAAGUUCAAGAACCGGCGGGAGGACCGUGAGCGUAAGGGCUCCAUCCCGUUCCACCACACGGGCAAGAAGCGCCAGCGCCGCAUGGGUGUGCCCUUCCUGCUUCACGAGGACCACCUGGAUGUGUCCCCCACCCGAUCCACCUUCUCCUUCGCCAGCUUCUCUGGCGACGACCGGCGGGCGCUGGAGCGCGGGGGCUGGCAGGCUACCAUCAUGGGUAAGUUGACGCGGCGAGGGAGCACAGACACGGCUGCAGACACAGACAACCUGAGUGCUAAACACUCACACUCCCAUCACUCCCUGCUCAGAGACAUGCCAGACCACUCCAACAGCCACGGAGACAACACUGUUCACGCCAAGGGGGAGGUGCGUUCACAGAUCUCCACCAUCACCAUGGCGACGUUCAACACCACAGUAGCGUCCUUCAACGUGGGCUAUGCCGACUUCUUCACCGAACACAUGAAAAAGCUGUGUAACCCUGUACCCAUCCCAGAGAUGCCCCACGAGACGCUGGCGUGCGCCAACCUGCCCCGGAGCUUCACCGACUCGUGUAUCAACUACUCAUGCCUGGAGGAGGGAGACAACAUCGAGGGCACCAACAACUUCAUCCUGAAGAAUGGCAUGCUGGACCUUACGGCCAUCCUGCGGGCGGUCUACGCCGUGCUGACCCACGACAUCAGCUCACGCAUCUGUGACGUGUCGCUCAACAUCAUCGACUGCCUGCUGCAGCUGGGGGUAGUGCCGGGCAUGGGAAAGAAGCUCUCCAAGCCCGACGACAAGGAGAACGAUGAGACACGCCUCCCGAAGGAGGGGGCCAAUCAGAGCCUGAGUGGCGCCCAAGGGGGCGUGUCUGGAGGGUGCAGCGGGGCGGCACCAGGAGGAGGGGGUGGAGGAGGAGGAGGAGGGGGGGAUGGAGGAGGAGGUGGGGGAAGUGGAGGAGGGAGCGGAGGAGGAAGCAAGGACGAUGUGAAGAACAAUAAGGAGAAAGACAGCAAGGAGGACGGCUCUUCACUGAGUACCCACCGGCUGGCUCUUACCAUGCUGAUCAAGAUGGUCAAGUCUCUGGGUUGUGCCUACGGCUGUGGGGAGGGCCACAGAGGACUGUCAGGGGACCGGCUCCGCAUGCAGGCCCAGAACUGCCUGACCAACCUGUAUAAGCUGGACAAGCUGCAGUUCCGUCAGACCAUGAGGGACUACGUCAACAAGGACUCGCUCAACAACAUCGUGGACUUCCUGCACGCACUCCUGGGCUUCUGCAUGGAGCCCAUCACCAACAAGUACGGCAGUGCAGGUGAGAGGUCCAGGAGGGUGAAAAAAAGAACCAUCGAUAAGGCCGGGUUCGGGAACAACUUCACCACGGGGGACAACAAGUCUCUGGCCCAGAACAUGGAGGCAGUGGUGGUGGGCUGCAUGUUCAAGUCUCUGAUCACUCGCUGUGCUUCCACCACGCACGAGCUGCACAGCCCUGAGAACCUGGGUCUGUACUGUGACAUCCGCCAGCUGGUGCAGUUCAUCAAGGAGUCCCAUGGCAACGUGUUCCGCAGGGUGGCACUGAGCGCGCUCCUGGACUCGGCCGAGAAAGUGGCCACCACCAAGAAGCCAGAGGAGAAAGAGGAGCCUAUCACCAAACCUACAGCAUCCAGGAGGUCAGAGGCAGGUGUGUCUGGGGAAAAGGGAGGGCAGCCGUCCACCACUGCAGACGAGUGCCGCAGCUGCAUAUCCAGCCGCCCCCCCCAGACACCAGAGCAUGAUGAACAGAUUCCGGGGGCUCUGCUGGGCAAGAAGGACUUCUGGAGGAAGAUGUUCAAGUCACAGAGUGCUGCCAGCGACACCAGCAGCCUAUCAGAGCAGGACACGUCGGAGUGCACCACCGCCCACUCAGGCACCACCACGGACCGACGCACCCGCUCACGCUCCCGACGCAUCUCCCUGCGCAAGAAGCUCAAGCUGCCCAUCGGUAACUGGCUUAAGCGAUCAUCUCUCUCUGGGCUGACCGACGGGGUCGAGGACUUGUUGGACAUCAGCUCUGUGGACCGACUCUCCUUCAUCCGCCAGAGCUCCAAGGUGAAGUUCACCAGCAACGUGAAGCUGUCAGAGGGCGGCGGGGGAGCGGGGGGCGUGGAGUACGGCCGGGACGAGGAGGAGAAUUUCUUCAAGCGGCUCGGUAAAUGGCGGUCUGGCAGGCGGAACCCAUCCAAGCUUCACCACACAGAAGAGAAAGAUGGGCCCCAGGGGUUCCAGGAGCGCCUGGCAGCCAGCCAGGAGGCCAUGAAGAACAAGAACGUGGUGAACCUGACCGCCAUCCGCCAGGGCAUGAAACGCUUCCAGUUCCUGUUGAACUGCUGCGAGCCAGGCACCAUCCCUGACGCAUCCAUCCUGGCCGCUGCGCUCGACCUGGAAGCUCCCGUGGUUGCCAGAGCCUCCUUGUUCCUGGAGUGCGCCCGCUUCGUCCACCGUUGUAACCGUGGCAACUGGCCCGAGUGGAUGAAGGGUCACCACGUGAACAUCACCAAGCGGGGUCUGUCUCGGGGACGAUCGCCCGUGGUGGGAAACAAGAGGAACCAGAAGCUCCAGUGGAAUGCAGCCAAGCACUUCUGUCAAUGGGGAGAUGCCAUUGGUACGCGUCUCAGUGAGCUGUGCCACUCAGACAGCGAGAGUCCUGCCAACAUCCUGGGUUUUAUCUACGACGAGGAGACCAAGCGAAGAUUGAGAAAGGAGGACGAGGAGGAGGACUACUUAGACGACAAUACAGUCAACCCAACAAAAUGCGGCUGUCCUUUCGCUCUCAAGAUGGCCGCCUGCCAGUUACUGCUGGAGAUCACCACCUUCCUCAGAGAGACAUUCCCCUGCCUCCCCCGGCCACGCACAGAGCCCCAAGUGGAUUUGGAGAGCUGUCGAUUGAGGCUGGACCCUGAGCUGAGUCACCACCGUUAUGAGAGGAAGAUCAGCUUUGCCGGUAUCCUAGACGACGAGGACGGCCACGACUCUUUGAACAGCAGCAGCCACACACUCAAGUCUGACACGGCCUGCGACGACAAGAAGUCCCAGGAGCCUCUGGCUCCCAUCAGGAAGAGUCGUGCCGGGGGCUCUCGCCUGCUGCAGAUCAAGGGGGCCAGGAGUUUCAGGGUGAAGAAGGGGGGCUCUCUGUCCUCCAUCCGCCGGGCCGGCAGCCUGAAGAGCACCAAGAUGUCCCGCCAAGACUCAGAGUCAGAGAACGAGGAGGGACUGCUGUCCCAGAGCAGGGACACUGUCACUGACAUAGGAAGUCCAUGGAGCACCAGUGAACCCAGUAUUGAGCCGGAGGGUUCAGGAGGCACCGGCGGAGCAGAGGACAACUACCACCGUAACAUGUCCUGGCUACAUAUCAUGAUUCUGCUGUGCAACCAGCAGAGUUUCAUCUGUACCCACGUGGAGUUCUGCCACCCACGCUGCUACCAGCACCACAGCCGCUCCUGUGCCCGCCUGGUGCGUGCCAUCAAGCUGCUCUACGGGGAGACAGUGGACAGCCUGAGAGAAGACAGUGCAGGGAACAUCAGUAGCCGGUCCAAGAAAAACAAGGAGUGGUCAGACAAGUCAAGUCUGAGGACCCCGUCCAUGAAGAGACGCCCCAAAGACUCCAACACCGAGGGCAAGAAGGACACGGGCAUGCUCAAGUACAUCCGCAACCAGGUGAUGAGCCUGUCCCCAGCUCCUCUGUCACUGCUGAUCAAGGCGGCGCCCAUCCUGACAGAGGACAUGUACGCAGACGUCCAGCCUGCAGCCUGGGAGCUCCUGCUGAGUGUGGACGAGCAUAUGGCUGCCGCUGCUGCUGCCAUGUUCUUGCUGUGUGCGGUGAAGGUGCCUGACGCGGUGACAGAGAUGAUGAUGGCUGAGUUCCAGCACGCUGAGGCGAGCCAGCGCAUCAACUCAGUGUUCAAGUUCUACACGCUGUGGCGCUUCCGCUACCAGGUGUGGCCGCGCAUGGAGGAGGGUGCCCAGCAGAUCUUUAAGAUCCCUCCGCCCAGCAUCAACUUCACCCUGCCCUCACCUAUCCUGGGCAUGCCCUGUGUGCCCAUGUUUGACCCGCCCUGGGUACCUUCCAACACUGGCAGUGUCCAAGACCCAAUCAACGAGGACAACUCUAAAUCUUUCUCGGCGCGGGCUGUGUCGCGCUCCCACCAGCGUGCAGAGCACAUCCUGAAAAACCUGCAGCAGGAGGAGGAGAAGCGGCGUCUUGGGCGCGAAGCCAGCAUCAUCACAGCCAUCCCCGUGGCCCAGGAGGCCUGCUACGAACCCACCUGCAGCCCCCCACCCGAGCAGGAGGAGGAAGCAGAAGAAGAGGUCAAUCUGGCGUCUCGCCGCAUGUCCGUCACUCCGUCCUGCACCUCCAGUAACUCUCACAGGAACUACUCCUUCCGCCGCGGCUCCGUGUGGUCAGUCCGCUCCGUGGUCAGCGCCGAGGAUGAGGAGAACACUACGGAGCACACGCCCACUCAUCACAUGCUGCAGCCCCCCCAGGCCGUCUUCCCAGCAUGCAUCUGUGCCGCCGUCUUACCCAUAGUGCACCUGAUGGAGGACGGGGAGGUGCGAGAGGACGGUGUGGCAGUGAGUGCAGUGGCCCAGCAGAUCCUGUGGAACUGUCUGAUCGAAGACCCCGCCCUGGUGCUCAGGCACUUCCUGGAGAAGCUCACCGUUAGCAAUCGACAGGACGAGCUGAUGUACAUGCUGAGGAAGCUGUUGAUGAACAUCGGUGACCUCCCAGCCCAGACCUCUCACAUCCUCUUCAACUACCUGGUGGGGCUGAUUAUGUACUUUGUGCGUACUCCGUGUGAGUGGGGUAUGGAUGCCAUCUCGGCCACGCUGACCUUCCUGUGGGAGGUGGUGGGCUACGUGGAGGGGCUCUUCUUCAAGGACCUCAAACAGACCAUGAAGAAGGAGCAGUGUGAGGUCAAGCUGCUGGUCACUGCAUCCAUGCCAGGAACCAAGACCCUGGUAGUGCACGGGCAGAAUGAGUGUGACAUUCCUACCCAGCUGCCUGUACAUGAAGACACUCAGUUUGAAGCCUUGCUCAAGGAGUGUUUGGAGUUCUUCAACAUUCCCGAGUCUCGGUCGGCACACUACUUCCUCAUGGACAAGCGCUGGAACCUCAUUCACUAUUCCAAGACUUUUGUGAGGGACAUCUAUCCGUUCAGGAGGUCUGUGUCUCCCCAGCUCAACCUGGUCCACAUGCUGCCAGAGAAAGGACAGGAACUCAUUCAGAAACAGGUGUUUUCCCGUAAACUGGAGGAGGUGGGCCGUGUUCUAUUCCUCAUCUCCCUGACCCAGAACAUGCCGGCCAUCCACAAACAGUCCCAUGUGUCCAUGCUCCAAGAAGACCUGCUCCGCCUGCCCUCCUUCCCCCGCACGGCCAUCGACGGAGAGUUCUCUCUCUUCAGCGAGCCACAGGGCAAGGAGCUCUUCGGCCUGGACACUCUCCACAAAGUCCUGUGGAUCAAACUACUAGAAGAGAUGUUUCUGGGCAUGCCCAGUGAGUACCCGUGGGGGGACGAGAUCAUGCUCUUCCUGAACGUGUUCAACGGUGCCCUGCUGCUGCACCCCGAGGACAGCGCCCUCCUCAGGCAGUACACGGCUACUGCCAUCAACACGGCCGUUCACUUCAACCACCUGUUCUCCCUGAGUGGAUACCAGUGGCUCCUCCCCACCAUGUUGCAGUCCUAUGCUGACUAUGAGAGUAACCCGCUGCUGAGACAGGGGAUAGAGUUCUGCGUCAGACAGUUCUACAUCCUGCACCGUAAACCCUUCAUCCUCCAGCUGUUUGCCAGCGUGGCCCCACUGCUGGAGUUCACAACGUGCACCAGUACAGGCCUGUCUAAGGGGGUGUCUGCUCAGUGCCUGUUUGACCUGCUGGUCUCUCUGGAGGGAGAGACACGUGAUACCCUGGAUGCCCUGGAGCUGGUCAAGGCUGAAAAACCCCUACGAUCCCUGGACUUCUGCUAUGGUAGUGAAGACCUGGCCUUCUCCAUCAGUGAGUCCAUCAAGCUGUGUGUGACGGUGGUGGCCUACGCCCCAGAGUCUUUCAGGAGCCUACAGAUGCUGAUGGUGCUGGAGGCCCUGGUGCCAUGUUUUCUCCAGAAACUGAAGAGCAACACCAUGACCAUGGAGUCAGCCUCGGCAGCGCGGGACGAGAUCGCCGCCAUCGCCGCCCUGGCCACCUCCCUGCAGGCCCUGCUCUACAGCUCAGAGACCCUCACACGGCCUAUGACUGCCCCCCAGUUGAGUCGCUGUGAUCAGGGACACAAAGGUGCAACGACUGCCAACCACGCCAUGUCUGGAGGGCCCAACACCAGUCGCCUUGUGUCCGGCAUCAGGGACAACCUUCACCUGUUGGAGGAGGGCCAGGGGAUGCCUCGCGAGGAGAUGGACGAGCGGAUCGCCCGUGAGGAGUUUCGCCGGCCCCGGGAGUCCCUCCUGAACAUCUGCACUGAGUUCUACAAGCACUGCGGCCCGCGCCUCAAGAUCCUGCAGAACGUGGCCGGGGAACCCCGUGUCACCGCCUUAGAGCUGCUGGACAUCAAGUCCCACAUGAGAUUGGCAGAGAUCGCCCACUCCCUCCUCAAGCUGGCCCCCUACGACAGCCUGACCAUGGAGAGCCGAGGCCUGCGGCGCUACGUCACUGGGAUGCUGCCCAUCACCGAUUGGUCGUCCGAGGCUGUGCGGCCCGCCCUCAUCCUCAUCCUGAAGCGGCUUGACCGCAUGUUCAACAAGAUCCACAAGAUGCCUACGCUCAGGUGCGCUCGCCCACAGGCUCUGUGCUCCAGGAGACAGGUGGAGUGGGAGGCGGCCAGUAGUCUGAUUGAAGGUAUCUGUCUGACUCUCCAGCGUCAGCCAAUCAUCUCCUUCCUCCCUCACCUCCGCUCCCUCAUCAAUGUCUGUGUCAACCUGGUGAUGGGGGUAGUAGGCCCCUCCAGUGUGGCUGAUGGGCUGCCCCUGCUCCACCUGAGCCCGUAUCUGUCCCCCCCUCUACCCUUCAGCACAGCAGUGGUCCGCCUGGUGGCUCUGCAGAUACAGGCUUUGAAGGAUGACUUCCCCCUGAGCCAUGUGAUCUCCCCCUUCACCAAUCAGGAGAGGCGAGAGGGCAUGCUGCUCAACCUGUUGAUUCCAUUCGUGCUGACAGUGGGUUCAGGGAGCAAAGACUCCCCACACCUGGAGCAGCCUGAGGUCUCUCUGCUCCUGCAGACGGUCAUCAACAUCCUCCUCCCCCCGCGCAUCAUCAGCACGUCCCGGACCAAGAACUUCAUGCUGGACACGUCCCCCGCCCACUGCUCCACCCCGGGGGACCAGGGCAAGGACCUGAGGAGAGAGGGCCUGGCCGAGUCCACCAGUCAGGCUGCAUACCUGGCUCUAAAGGUGGUGUUGGUUUGUUUUGAGCGGCAGCUGGGGAACCAGUGGUAUCGCCUCAGCCUGCAGGCCAAGGAGAUGUCUCUGAGGAAGGUGGGAGGCCUGGCCUUCUGGGACUUCAUAGAUUUCAUAGUGCGUACUCGGAUUCCCAUCUUCGUCCUGCUGCGUCCCUUUAUCCAGUGCAAGCUCCUGACCCAGCCAGCUGACUCCCAGGAGGAGAUCACGGCCCGCCACCACAUCGCUGACCAGCUGGAGCGUCGCUUCAUCCCCCGCCCCCUCUGCAAGAGCUCCCUGUUCGCAGAGUUCAACAACGAGCUGAAGAUCCUCAAGGAGGCCGUGCACAGUGGCUCUGCGUACCAGGGCAAGACGUCCAUCAGCACAGUGGGCACGUCCACCUCUGCCUACCGCCUGUCGCUGGCCACCAUGUCCCGGUCCAACACGGGCACGGGCACGGUGUGGGAGCAGGAGAGCCAGCCGUCACGCCAGCCCUCUCAGGACACGCUAAGCCGCACCGACGAGGAUGACGAACAGGAGCAGGAAGAGAAUGACUCUAUCAGUAUUCCCAGUGUGGUGAGUGAACAUGAGGUCUUCCUGCCCAGGCUCAUCACCCAGCGACGCUUCUCUAGUCACGCCACGGGCAGCGCCCAGCCUGAACCCAGCACCCGCAGCACCAUGCUGCCCAGCCACAGUGAACCCAAUGUGCUAGAUGAGUCUCAAGGACUGGAAGAGGGUAACCUGUCUAGGGUGGCCAGUGUGCAGAGUGAACCAGGCCAGCAGAACCUCUUGAACCAACCUCCGCUGGGACGCAAUAGAGGACUGAGACAGUUGCGACGCCCACUGCUGUCUCUUCCGAAGAGUGAGGCGCGAGGACCAGGUCGCUCUGGAGCCCGACUCUCCGCCACCCGCAGGAGCAUCCAGCCCAAGAACAAACCUCUGGAAACUUUAUUGGACUGCGAAGCAACCCACGGGUGGGACCAGAAGAGGGUGGUCACCUUCACAGAGGGCCAGCAGGCUCAGGCAAAGUCCCCCGACCCCGGUGGCGCCAAUGCGCACCCAGAGGGCAGGAAGUCCAGCCCGGCCCCUCCGAUCGCUCCCCCUGCUGCCCCUGGGGCCUCAUCCUCGGCCACCGUCAAAGCUGACCUCCACAGCCCUGCCAAGAAACAGUUAUCGAUGGAGAGCAAGGAGAAACGAGAACAGUGGGGCCUCCGCAGCAGCCUCUCUCCUCGGCCCUCCAUCUCCCGCGCCUCCACCCCCACCCCACCCUCCUCCUGCUCUCCUCUCCCUCCUCCACCUCUCCCCAUCUCCCGCGCCUCCACCCCCACCCCACCCUCCUCCUGCUCUCCUCUCCCUCCUCCACCUCUCCCCAUCUCUCGCACCUGUUCUCCCCUCCCCCCUCUGCCGAUCCUGGGGAUCCGACCCCCCGCUCCCCCCACCCACCUCUUCCAUCCUGGUCCGUCCUCCCAUCAGACCCCCGAGAGCCCCGAGGACGAGGACACGACUGCCCUGCUGGGGAGGAACGCAGACACCCUCCUCCACAUUUCAGAGGACAAUGGGGGCACAGAGAACCCUCUGCUCGCCCCCCUGCUCUUGCCCCGCCGCUUGCCCGCCCUGGCCCCACACCACUCCCCCGCCCUGCCCCCCCGCCGCUCCCCCCUCCCCAUCUCCCCAGUCGACCUGGACCUGGAUGAGUCCCACGUCUGAGAAGCGUCCCUGUAACGUUUCAGUAACGUUUUGUUAACAUUUCAGUAACAAAACUCGUAACGUAACGUUAUAACUAGGGCCAGGAGUUUUUCCCUGACUGAACUUGCGUGACCGCACUAGGAAAAAGUCCUGGCCCUAGUUACAAGGCUCUAAACUACAGACGUAGGCUAUAACUAGGGCCCGGAGUUUUGACCCUUUAGGUUAAAUCACAUGGUCCGGCUGGGGAAACUCGCCCUAGUUAUGACCCUGGCAGGGUAGCUUCUCUAUGUCGGUCCCCUUCUAUAUCUUUGGAGUCUGUGUUUAGACAUUGAGCUGCCUGAUAACUCUGUAUCCUUCUAGCUAACGGAGGUCAGAGGGCGCUUGAAAAAUGAGGAACCUGUUGGAAUACUCUGAAAAUAAAAAUGCAUCCUCCCUUCCUUGAUCUGAUCUGACAUAAAAUGUCUGGUGAAAUCAGUGCAGUAGAAUCCUUGCUCUCACCUAUCCAAUCACGUUAGAUUAGUGAUUACCUCAAGAAAAGGGAGGAAAGAUGCAUCUUUAGAGUAUUAGAACAGGGCCAAGGACCAAUACCUGUUAAGUGUUCUCCUCUUGCCCACUCCCCUGCCCCUCUCUCCCCUUCUCUCUCUACUCUCUUCUGUCCUGUUAGAGCUCCAAGAUGAAAUCCAUACUUCACUAUGUCUACAGUACCAGUGACAGUACAUCCUCACCUCUGACAUUUUAACCCAUCUCAUACCAAAGUAUUCAAAUCAAAUGCAGAAUCAACAUGCCUUCUUCACACGUCAGGGUGGAUUCAUCCAUGGAGUCCCAACAGGUGAUCAAGUGGGACUGUUACUGUUGCUAGGUAGAUCACAUUCUAUUUGUUGUGGUCUAUUGAAAAGAGAAGGGAGAGUGUUUCCAGCCAUUGGCUGCUACAAACAGACAUCUGUUUACCUUUUGGUUGACCUUGUCACCUCCCAAGAACUGUUUACAGUGAAGCUGCUGAAGGGUAAACUGUUGACUAGAGAAAUUAAAUGUAUAUUAGCUAUGAUAUUAUAUAAUAUUAUGAAAUGUAUUAUAUUUAAUCCUGAAGACUAUUUUAAAGAAAGAUUUAAUAUAUAUAAUUGUCAAAGUAUUGCAGAGAGGCAUAGUAUGUUUGUCAUUAGGAUAAUAUAUUAGUGGCCUUCCAGGUGGCCACACUGCGGUCUAGGACACUGCAUCACAGUGAGGCGUCACUACAGACCCGGGUUCGAUCCCAGGCUGUGUCACAACCGGCCGUGACCAGGAGUCCCAUAGGGCGGUGCACAAUUGGCCCAGCGUGGUCUGGGUUAGUUGAGGGUUUGGCCGGGGGGGCUUUACUUGGCUCAUUGUGCUCUAGUGACUCCUUGUGGCGGGCCUGGCACCUGCAGGCUGACAUUAGAAGUCAGUUAAACGGUGUUUCCUCUGACACAUUGGUGCAUCUGGCCUCCGGGUUAAGUGGGUGGGUGUUAAGGAGCGUGGUUUGGCUGUUUGUUUCAGAGGACGCAUGACUCAACCUUUGCCUUUUUUUGGCGAAAAAAAGGGGGGAAAACCAGAAUGUUUAUUUAUUAAUAGAUGGAUAGAUUGACAUAAUUAUUUAUAAAAUAUUUAUCCUCUUAGGGUUUCUAGGUUUGAUUUAUUGACAAUUGACACACUGGGUGGUUGUUAUUUUCCUGUGGAAGUUGAGUCUGUUAGAUGAGAAGAGGUUCUUUAUGGAGGUUGAGUCUGUUAGAUGAGAAGAGGUUCUUUAUGGAGGUUGAGUCUCUUAGAUGAGAAGAGGCUCUAUAUGGAGGUUGAGUCUGUUAGAUGAGAAGAGGCUCUUUAUGGAGGUUGAGUCUGUUAGAUGAGAAGAGGCUCUUUAUGGAGGUUGAGUCUGUUAGAUGAGAAGAGGCUCUUUAUGGAGGUUGAGUCUGUUAGAUGAGAAGAGUCCAAAGCGCUAUAAGUGGGGCAGGUCAUAUUUGGAAGACAAUCCUAACAUCAACUGAAGUAAAAUUAGGGUCUCCAUAUAGCUGAGGUUCAGCAUUGUAGCACACUUGAAAUGUGAAGGUAAUUCCAGAUUGAGCCGACAUGCUGUGAAUGCAGUCUCCACUAACGCGGGAAACCUUUGCAUUUAAAUGUCAGACAGGCUACAACACAGAACUUCUGCGAUACGGAUUGAGUCCAGCCCUUAGUUGUCCAGCCCUUAGUCAUCCAGCCCUUGAGUCCAGCCCUUAGUCGUGCAUUCAUGUCAAUGGGAAACUAAGUGGACAUUUUGUCAAAGUUAGGUUUCGCCCCUUCGAGGGUAAAGGUCUUGUUUUAGUAUGAUGAAUGUAAAACUAUCAUACCAUACCACAACUAACAGCUCACUGGGCACAUACGUCACUUCAACGGUUAAAAGUUGGGUAAAAAUAAGUUGAUUCAACGUCAUCACGGUGAUUAUUUUAGUUGAAAUGACGUGGAAACAAUGUUGAUACAACCAGUUUUGGCCCAGUGGACGGAUGUUGUUUUAUGUGUAACCAAAUCCAGGUUCUGUUUUGAAUAGCCUCCAAAGUAAUACUGACCUUCUGUUGUACUGAAAGCAUCAUGCAUAAAGAAUAGGUAACUGGUUAUGGGCACCGUGGUAUUAUUAGUAUGCCCCAGUAAUGUCAGAGAGUUUAUAAUGAUGCUUUUUAUUGUUGUGUUUUCAAUGUCUUGAAGAAAGGUUUCUAGUCCUCAAAACAUUAUGGCAACAAGAUCCCUGAUUCUGAGUUGUAGCAGGAUACCUCCUUGUUCAACUUAUGCCUUAAACUAGAGAACUGGGAGGACCCCUCCAGCUCCUUGAUAAUGGUCUGUUCCCUGACUGAGGUCCCCUUAUGUGCCAUGGGGCUUGGUACAGUCCAAACCUGAGAUGGGUGUGCUGCAGUCUACCAUCUUCUGGUUAAUGUUGGUUUUGCACCAGAUCAGUGAAAAGAGGAUUCUUUUUACACAGUUUAGUUCAUAACUACAUUAGGAACAACUUCCUAAUAUUGAGUUGCACACCCUUUUCCCCCUCAAAACAGCUUCAAUUGGUCGAGGCACGGACACUGAAAGUUGUGGAAAGUGUUCCACAGGGAUGCUGGCCCAUGUUGACUCCAAUGCUUCCCACAGUUGUGUCAAGUUGGCUGGAUGUCCUUUGGGUGAUGUACCAUUCUUGAUACACAUGGGAAACUGUUGGGCGUGAAAAACCCAGAAACAUUGCAGUUCUUGAAACAAACCGGUACGCCUGGCACCUAAUACCAUAUCCCCUUGAAAGGCACUUAAAUCAUUAGUCUUGCCUAUUUACCCUCUGAAUGGCACACAUACACAACCUGUGUCUCAAUUGUCUCAAGGCUUAAAAAUCAUUCUUUAACCUGUCUCCUCCCCUUCAUCUACACUGACUGAAGUGGAUUUAUGAGGGAUCAUAGCUUUCACCUGGAUUCACUUGGUCAGAGCAGGUGUUCCUAAUGGUUUGUACACUCAGUGAAAGGAAGAACUGGGCUUUUCCUGAAUAUCUUCUACCAUUUCCCCCUGUUUGACGGUGUCAGUGCAGAAGCGUUAGUAGUGAUAUGAAUGGGUGCCAUAAUGCACAUGACUAUUGCACUGUGAGUCAGUCUCAUAGCUGUGUCUGCUUCUGUGUGUGAUCUAAAUGUACUGCUGUGUAGUUUCCACAGAGGCUGGUUAUCAGAUCUAUAGUGCCCAUAUCGUUAGAGGGGUUAUCAGAUCUAUAGUGCCCAUAUCGUUAGAGGGGAUUCUAUUUCAAUGAUAGUAUCACUAUAGUUCAUUCUAGAACCCACGGGGGAUAGUACAAAAGUCUAUUAUACUGUAUAAGCCAAUUAUACUGUAGGCGACAUCUUCUGGUGUCCCUGUGGACAUGUGUUGUCUUGUCAGUGCUAACGGUCAGUGUCUGUCCGUGUGUGUAGUGCCAAUGCUCUCUGCUGCUGAGCUGUCCUUGUGCAGAUGCUUUCUGGGAGGUUGGCAUGGAGACUUAUUCAUCAAACGUGCCAUACAUUCCAAAGUCAUCUGCAUUCUGCAGUUUGUCCCAUUUAAUGCACUGUUGAAGUGCUCUACUUCAAACUGGAACUGUUUUGGGUGAGCGAUCUAUUUAGGAUUGCAAAAUGUCGAACUUUUCCAAAAUAACCAGGUUUUCCAGAAAUCUUGGUUGGAGGAUCCCGGAUUUCUUGUUUAUUACUUUCUGAUUCCUUGACUCUUCCAACUAGUAUAUCAGGAGUUUGAGGAAAGUUACCAGAAUCUGGAGACCUGAGUUCUAUUGCAUUGUCAAUUACAAUUUGUAGUACCGGUAAGCACACUGUAUUGCUUUAAACAUAAUCAGAAAAUGAUAUUUUUAGAUGAUUGCCAACUCAUAGCUAACGCGUGCGUAACAUUCUGUGGACAAUUUGUUAAUUGAUGAUCUUCGUCGCAAUGAAAUAUGUUUCUAGUUUGUUUAGUUUAGUUCUAUUUCUUACAUGUUAUGGAGGAUAGCUGGAUCUGUGUUGUUCUGGCUCUGGGAAUAACCUUUCCAUAAACUAGGAAGUUUACCUCAAAGUCCACAUGCUAGGGGCGGCAGGUAGCCUAGUGGUUAGAGCGUUGGACAAGAAAAAGCUGACAAGGUAAAAAUCUGUCGUUCUGCCCCUGAACAGGCAGUUAACUCACUGUUCCUAGGCCGUCAUUGAAAAAUAAGAAUUUGUUCUUAACUGACUUGCCUAGUUAAAUAAAGAUAAAAUGCUGUAUGGUGGAGCUGUGAGAUAUUCAGAAGUGUGUGUGUCAAAUGCAGGGGCCCCCAGGGGUGGUUAGCAGUGGAGGCUGGUGGGAGGAGCUAUAGGAAGACAGGCUCAUUGUAAUGGCUGGAAUGGAAGCCUGUCCUCCUAUAGCUCCUCCCACCAGACUCCUCAGGUGGAAAGUGGAAGUGACACAUUAUGGCCUAGAUACAUAUAUUAUAUUUGAUAUUUUAUUUCUCCAGAUAUAUAUUAACAUCAGCAGUUGUUCAUAUUCAAUCAUGGUUCCAUCAUCCUCUGUGUGACUCUGAAAUAUAUCCUAUUAUAUACUUAAGAUAUUUAUUUCAAAUGAUUGUCUUGUCCUGUGUUCUCAAUCUAUUCUAAAAUAUAGCUAUAUCAAAGUAUUUAUGAGAUAUUUAAAGAAUAAAUGGAUAUUGUUGUAUACAAUGUUA